GCUCGGGCCAGUCAGGUUAAUCUACACUACCUAGGUACCUACCUAAGUAGGUAGGUACCUAGGUAACGUAGCUCUCUGAGUGACAGGGCCCCCAGAAUUCUAGAACCCUUGAGGCGACGGCUCGACUCGACUCGAUCCGACUCGGCUCGACUUCACUGUCGCUCAAGCUUGUCCACCUCGGAAGAGGCCAGCAAGACCUCUCGGCAAGGCGACACAAUCUAACAGUCUUUCAUGGAUUCCUUCAACUCGUACUGACCUUCACGUCUCUCCUUCACUAAUCAUUUCUUUUUGACUCCAAGAUCCCACUUUCCUCCAGCGCUCAACCCCCAAAUCUCCUGGCCGCUCCUCCGCGAACCCGCGAACCCGCCUCUCCUUCGCCACUGCUCCAGUCGGCGUCGACCGCUGCAACGACUUGGCCACCUAUUUUCUUUUACCUCCUUUUCACUAAUCUCCUAUGGGUGUCCGAACCCGACGCUCCGCCAAGUUCUCGCAAGAGAACGGCUCCCCGCUAUCCGUGCUCACCUCUGCGGACGAGUCCUCGGGCAGUUUGGCCAACGGCAAGGCCAAGGGGAAGGCCAAGGGCAAGAAGAAGAACAUGAACAACAUCGAGCAGCGGAGGAAGGGCGCCGUGAAAGCAGACUCCACCACCGCCGCCGACAACCUCAUGGCACACGAUUCUUUCAACCUCGACGAGCCAGUCCCCAGGACCCCCGCGCUGAACAACCAUGGCUUCCUCGACCUGCCCAGGCACGACCAGAGGAACUUUGGCCUGCUUGUGCUCCUGUACUUCCUGCAAGGUGUCCCCCUGGGCCUCGCCACAGGCUCUGUUCCCUUCCUACUCAAGAGCCACAUGUCCUAUGCCGAGAUUGGUGUCUUCAGCCUCGCCUCGUACCCAUACUCUCUGAAGCUACUGUGGAGCCCUAUUGUGGACGCUAUCUGGAGCCCAAAGGUCGGCCGGAGAAAGAGUUGGAUCCUGCCCAUUCAGCUCCUGUCCGGCAUGGGGAUGCUGUGGCUGGGCUCCGAGGUCGAGGACAUGAUGGCAAUGAUUGGCAAGGAGAACGGCCCCACCGUGUGGAACUUCACCGGCUGGUGGUUCUUCCUCGUCCUCAUGUGCGCCACUCAGGAUAUUGCGGUUGACGGAUGGGCCAUCACGCUCUUGACCCCUGGCAACGUCUCCUACGCCUCCACGGCACAGACUGUCGGCUUAACAGCCGGCCAAUUCCUUUCCUAUACCGUUUUCCUGGCCUUCAACUCAAAGGACUUUGCCAACCGAUACUUCCGCGCCGAGCCUCUGGACUACGGCCUCAUCAGCCUCGGUGGAUAUCUGAACUUUGCCGGCUGGCUCUACAUCAUAGUCACCAUCGGACUGGCUGCCCUGAAGAGGGAAGAGAGAACCAGGAACGAGGACGGCAUCUGGGAUGUCUACAAGAUUAUGUGGGGUGUUCUCAAGCUGAAGAGCGUCCAGACCAUCAUGAUCGUUCACCUCAUCGCCAAGAUCGGGUUCCAGGCCAACGACGGCGUCACGAACCUGAAGCUUCUGGACAAGGGCUUCGGCACGGACAAUAUGGCUCUGACGGUCCUCAUCGACUUCCCCUUCGAGAUCGGCCUGGGGUAUUAUGCUGGGGUAUGGUCACAGAAGUACACGCCGAUGCGACUUUGGGCUUGGGGCUUCGUGGGGCGCUUGAUCGCUGCUGUCUUCGCCCAGUUCACAGUCAUCAUCUUCCCUGCGCAAGGCGUUACCUUCUGGUAUCUGCUCGUGGUCAUUGCCGAACACAUCUUCUCCACGUUCAUGAACACCAUCAUGUUUGUGGCCGUCUCAGCCUUCCAUGCAAGGAUAGCGGAUCCAGUCAUUGGCGGCACCUACAUGACUCUCCUUGCUACCAUUUCUAACCUGGGCGGCACUCUACCGCGGUACUUUGUCCUCCGGCUGGUCGACGAGCUCACAAGCGCCACGUGCCAUCCUCCGACUUCUAUCUCUGACACAGCUGCCAACUUCAAGGGCCCGCUUGUCACCCAGCCAUUCUCUUGUUCCGUGCAGGCCGAUAAGGAAAGGUGCAUCAACGGCGGCGGCACUUGCGAGAUGGUCCGCGAUGGGUACUACAUAGUCAACAUUAUGUGCGUCGCAGUUGGUGUUGUGACAUUCGUCAUGUACAUUAGGCCCAAGGUUCUACACUUGCAGAGCUUGCCGAUGAGGGCAUGGAGGCUGUCGGCAGUGGGCAAAUAGGAGGUAGUAGGUAGAUCUAUAUAGAUAAUUUAGAUGAGAUUGUACAACA